AUGAAUGUGGAUUGGAUUGAAGAUAUGCCCAGUGGAGGAGGAUUGGAUGAUUACAGAAAAUUAGCUUCUUUUUCAUGGAAAUAUUUACGCGUGAUUCAUGAAGAUCCUAAGAAUUUACAAUUCAAGAUAAGAGUAUGGAAAGCAAUGGAAGCUGAUCAUGAAUUUCAUAUGCCGCAUUAUUCGAUAUCUUGCGAUGAGCAAAAAAGACGAGCGGCUAUUCAAUUAGCCCGAUUGAACCAUUUGAAAUUUUUACCUUCUAAUAUUAACAACGUUGGCUAUAGACUAAAAACAGAAGCGCUGAUGACCAUAAAUGAAGCUACGAAUCUCGUCAGUCCAUCACUGUCAGUUAAAAUUGCUUUAGGAGUGUAUUUAUUUGGUAACACUAUUUUAAGCUUAGGAACAGAUCGACACAUUCCCGUUUUCCAAGAUGUAUGGAACAAAAAACUCCUCGGUUGUUUCGCACUAACUGAAGUUGGACAUGGAAGUAAUACAAAAAUGAUGCGAACUACAGCAACUUAUGACCCAGCAACUAAAGAAUUUAUUCUUCACACUCCGGAUUUUCAGGCUGCUAAAUGUUGGGUUGGAAAUCUCGGAAAAACAUGCACCGUCGCAAUAGUGUUUGCACAAUUAAUAACAGAAGGACACUGUCACGGAUUGAAUGCAUUUAUAGUGCCUGUAAGAGAUAGUAACACGUACCUGCCUUACCCUGGAAUAAUUAUAGGCGAUAUGGGAGAAAAAAUGGGCCUGAAUGGUGUUGACAAUGGUUUUAUAAUGUUUGACCAUUAUCGUAUAUCCAAAGACAAUUUAUUGAAUCGCACUGGUGAUAUCAAUGAAGACGGAGAGUACGAGAGCUCGUUUUCAGAUCCCCAAAGAAUUCUUGGUGCUGUUUUAGAAAAUUUAUCCGCUGGACGCAUGGGCAUCUCUCAAGAGGCUACUAAUAGAUUAGGUGCUGCCAUUGUCAUUGCUGUACGUUAUGCUGCUGUUAGAAAACAAUUUGCGUCUUGUUUGUCCGCUGAUAAAGAAAUUGAGACUCCUAUUAUUGAAUACGAGCUUCAUCAAUGGAGAUUAUUUCCUUAUCUAGCGGCAGCAUCAAUUUUCCGAAUUUUCAUGACUGAGUUUACAGAAGUUUACAGUCAAAUUGUAGGGGAAAUUCAUUCAAUUGUAUCAGCGAUAAAACCAUUGAUUACUUGGACUUGUAAAGCUGCUUUAAGUGAAUCUAGGGAAGCUUGCGGUGGUCAUGGUUAUCAUAAAGCUGCUAAUCUGGGUGAUAUGACAGUAAAUCAUGAGCCAUGUGUCACAUAUGAAGGUGAUAAUAAUGUACUGAUGCAGCAAACAAGUAAUUGGAUUUUCCGGCAGUGGUUGGAAGUGCAAACAGGCUCAACAAUUGGUAGCCCAUUGUCUUCAGUAACAUUUUUACUUCACGGUGCUUCAAUAAUUAAUAAAAAAUUCACACCAAAUAGUAUUGCCGACGUUAAAGAUACGUAUGAAUGGCUGAUAACGUAUCUUGUUAUGGAGAUGCAGCGUAAAUUUGAAGAGGGUAAAUCUAAAGGGCUGGAUAGUUUUGCUGCACGAAGUAAAGCGCAGGUUUAUUGUGCAGGCACACUGUCGCGUGCAUUUGGAGAAAUGAUUAUAUUAAAGUACUGCACGACUAGAAUAGACAAAGUAAUUAAUUCAAUACCAUCUAACGAAAGCUUGAAAGUAGUUCUGGAAAAAAUGAUGUUGUUGUAUUCGUUGUCCUGCUUAGAAAAACAUCUAGCUACGUUUUAUCGAGGUGGUUACUGCGCUGGACCACAAAUGACUGAUUUAAUACGUGAAAGUAUUUUGAAUCUUUGCAGUGAAUUAAAACCAGAAGCUGUUGCUAUUGCUGAUGCUCUGGCGCCGCCUGACUUUGUUCUUAAUUCUAUUCUUGGAAUGUCUGAUGGCCGAGUUUAUGAACGACUGGAAGAAGUAUUUAAAUUCAAUACCGGCGGAAUGGAACGUGCUGAUUGGUGGUAUGAAUUAAAAACUGCUGGCGAGAAACCUCUUGGUCUUCGAUCAAAACUUUGA